GCGCUGUUUCGCUCGGGACGAAGGUGACGUCGUAAAAGCAGCGGCUCUCCUCUCACUGAUUCGCGUCAACGUCGGCGCGACUGGCGGGCGGGCGGCGGUCAGGUCCGGUCCACGCACUCACCGCGGCCGAACGGUGUCAUCCCUACGUGCGCGGACCAAAGUCUGAGAGUCGCGGCGAGGUUCGGAGAGCGCUUUCCCCGUCGCCGUCAUGGCAGAAGCUCACCAGGCCGUGGCCUUCCAGUUCACCGUCACCCCCGACGGCAUCGACCUGCAGCUGUGCCACGAGGCCCUGCGUCAAAUCUACCUCUCCGGUCUUCACUCGUGGAAGAAGAGAUUUGUUCGCUUCAAGAAUGGAGUGAUGACUGGCGUGUACCCGGGCAGCCCCGCCGGCUUCAUGGUGGUGGUGGUGUCCUACAUGUCCUACAAUAAGUACAAACAUCUGGAUCCGUCUCUCGGCUUGUUGGCCAAACUGGGACAGCACGUGCCUAUAAGUAAGUACAUGUCCACCGACAGCCAGAAGAUUGUGGGCGGCGUCCUGGUAGGCACGGGUCUUUGGGUGACCAUCAUCAUGAUCAUGAGGAACGUCCUCAAGUGCCUGCUGUCGUGGCACGGCUGGAUGUACGCCCGCCACGGCUCCGUGUCCUGGUCCACCCGAUUGUGGAUGUUGCUGGUGAAGAUUUUCUCCGGCAGGAAACCCAUGCUUUACAGUUUCCAGAACUCCCUGCCGCGGCUGCCCGUCCCGCCCGUCAAGGACACCUGCAGAAGGUACCUGGAGUCGGUGCGGCCGCUCAUGGACGACGAGAAGUUCGAACGCAUGAGGGGACUGGCCAAGGACUUUGAGAGCAAUCUGGGUCCCAGACUACAGUGGUACCUCAAACUCAAGUCGUGGUGGGCCUCCAACUAUGUCAGCGACUGGUGGGAAGAGUACAUUUACCUUCGAGGUCGAGGGCCCAUCAUGGUCAACAGCAACUAUUACGCCAUGGACUUCCUUUACGUCUUCCCCACCUCCAUUCAGGCCGCCAGAGCAGGUAAUGCCAUUCACGCCAUCAUGCUCUACAGGAGGAAGUUGGACCGAGCUCAGAUCAAACCAAUUUACUUGCUGGCAAACAAGGUUCCCCUGUGUUCGGCGCAGUGGGAGCGGAUGUUUAACACUACCCGCGUCCCCGGUUUGGAGACAGAUGUCCUUCAACACAGCAACGAGAGCAAGCACAUCGCCGUGUACCACAAGGGCCGCUUCUUCAAGGUUUGGAUGUUCUACGACGGGCGACUCCUGCGGCCGCGGGAGAUCCAGCAGCAGAUGGAGAGGAUCCUGGCCGACGGCUCGGAGGCGGCGCCGGGCGAGGAGAGGCUGGCGGCGCUCACCGCCGGCGACCGCGGCCCCUGGGCCCGCUGCCGCCGCGACCGCUUCGCCCGCGGCAAGAACAAGCAGUCCCUGGACGCCGUGGAGAAGGCCGCCUUCUUCGUCACCCUGGACGAGACGGAGCAGCGCUUCCGGGAGAGCGACCCCGUCGGCUCGCUGGACAGUUACGCCAAGUCGCUGCUCCACGGGAAGUGCUACGACAGGUGGUUCGAUAAAAGCUUCAACCUGAUCGUUUUCAAAAACGGCACCAUGGGGCUCAACGCCGAACACUCCUGGGCCGACGCGCCCAUUGUCGGUCAUCUCUGGGAGCACGUGCUUUCCAUGGACCCGUUCAAGCUGGGCUACACGGAAGAAGGCAACUGCUGCGGGGAGCCCCAUCCCAACCUGCCCGCUCCCCUCAGACUACAGUGGGACAUUGACCUGGAGUGCCAAGAGGAGAUCGAGCGCUCGCUGACGGCGGCCAGGACGUUGGCCGACGACGUGGACAGCCACAUUUUCCCCUUCGGCGACUUCGGCAAGGGUCUCAUCAAGAAGUGCCGCACCAGUCCGGACGCCUUCAUCCAGAUCGCCUUGCAGUUGGCUCAUUACAGGGACAAAGGCAAGUUCUGCCUGACUUACGAAGCCUCCAUGACCCGUCUGUUCCGCGAGGGCCGAACGGAGACGGUUCGCUCCUGCACGGCCGAGACCUGCGCCUUUGUCCGUUCCGUGAUGGAGGAGCGGACGAGAGAAGAACGUCUGGCGUUGCUGAAGGUGGCGGCGGAGAAACACCAAAACAUGUACCGCCUGGCCAUGACGGGCAUGGGCAUCGAUCGCCACCUCUUCUGUCUUUACGUGGUUUCCAAAUACUUGGGCGAAGACUCGCCCUUCCUCAAGGAGGUGCUGUCGGAGCCGUGGAGACUGUCCACCAGUCAGACGCCGCUGCAGCAGGUGGAGCUCUUCGACCUGGUCAGACACCCCGAAUACGUCUCGUCCGGCGGCGGUUUUGGACCUGUGGCUGACGACGGUUACGGUGUGUCCUACAUUAUCGUGGGAGAAAACCUGAUCAACUUCCACAUCUCCAGCAAACACUCCAGCCCGGAAACCGACUCGCACCGCUUCGGAGGCAACAUCCGACGGGCCAUGUUGGACAUGCUGGACCUCUUCCAGCUUGAGACGAAAGCUUCCCAGUGAAGAAUUCCAAGCCGUAUAUGUCCGCUUUACGUUGACGGAUGUAACGGUACAAAAAGGGGAUUCUCGGAACGCGUGUACAAACCUCGCUUUGCUUUGAUUAGAUUUGCGGCCGGAAAAUUUGCUCUGCCGGCACCGGCCGGCGGUGUCCGUAAUUAGACUGUACGCACCGGUGCCUUUGCGAUGAGGCGCUCUUAAAAGGCCUCGCCAACGUUCAGCAUUUCAAGCUCCGACGGGGUAAUCGUCAGCCGCCGUUGACGUUCGACCCAAUUAAAGCGGGACGGACGGCCAAAUGUCGAUUCGUUAGCUGACCUCCGUCAACUUGGCCCGCCGUCAGACCAAAAUUUAUAUAAAAGCGAUGUUGCGUUGUAAAGUUUCUUUUCUGCCGCUUUUGUUUUGGACAUCAGUCUUUCAUAUGUCGAUCUGAGGUCCACCUUCCACCCCCCAUUUUGAUUCAGAAUGCCUAUUGUGUUGUGCUGUCAAAAUUUUGGCUCGCGGUGCAACGGUUUUGCUGUUCAUUUGUAGCAAUGAUGUCACAGAACUGGAACAGUGCUGUUUGUGCUGCUAUCUUUUUACUGAGCUUGAGCUAUUCAUUUCGAGUGAUGACGUCACUCGCAGUCCCCCCCCCAUUUACUGCAAAAUGGGCCCGGGCUAGCGGUCGGGACUACCCUCUGUUUGUGAGAGUUGGUACGCUCCGUUAACCGCAACAGGGGGGCUGCGACUGACUCCAUCACUUAAAAUGAAUAUAUCUAUAAAAUGGUAGCACUACAAACAAAAAUGUUGACAGCGCAAGCAACGGACACCAUUUUGAAUCAAAAUGGGAGGAUGCUUGAUCUCUGAUUUACCCAUAAAAGAAUUUCAAAUAUAUCCAAAACGAUAACGGCGCUUUUUACAGCACAAAUGGUUGACAUCGUUUUUCUAUAAAUAUACGUCCGAUGGUGGGGGGCAACUUCUUUUGCUACCCUCCCGCUUCAAGUGGAUCGGAGCAUUACUACUUGUUCAAACUCACAGCAUAAGGAUGACAGGACGAUGGGACUUUUCUGAAUGAUUCCAUCAAGUCGGCGACAAAUGUUUGUUUUCAUCCUCAGGUUUUGUGCUCGGACGGACGUUCGGCCGGGUGGCGCUAGUUGAGAUGCAGUAGUGGUUGCGCACUCCGUUUUCUUUUUGAAUGUGCCCGAGAAGACGCCACGACGGAGCGCGUUUGAUGUCGUCGCUACAUUUUAUUUAUUUGUUCAAGCGCUCGGGUCCGUCUCUCGACAACGUACGAACCUCGGCCGCUUGCUCUUUCAAGAUGUACGCUGUACGAAUACGCUCGCCGGAAGAUGACGAGCGCCUUCCGACAAUAAAAUCAAUGUCAGACA